CUGGGUUCCAAUUCGAACAUCCUGUUUUCUUGAAGGCAAGCCAUCGCAGAGGGUGUGGCCGGGCCGGAGGAACAAAGAUAAUACUGCUUGAUACUAUAUCGGCCGGCUAUAUGGUUCUGGAAAAGCGAUGUUGUUGCGUUGAGAACUCUGAUUAAGCAAGCUUGCACUGAGAGUUGGAGCCUCCUAGUGUGAUCAGGGACGGUGGAAGGUGUCUUUAGCAAUUCCGGAUUAUCCUAUAGGGUGUCUGAAAAGUGAAUCCACACUAGCCUAUAUAUACUAGUCGAACUGUGUGAAGACUUGUCUUUGCCACAUUACAAAAUCCUAAAAAGGUUCGGGUGAACAAAAGAUGGCGGAGACGGUGCUCAACAUGGCAAGGUCCAUGCUGGGGAGUGCUGUAAGCAAGGCGGCAUCGAUUGCUGCGGAUGAGAUGAGCUUGAUGCUGGGAGUGCGGAAGGAGAUAUGGUUUAUCAAAGAUGAGCUAAAAACUAUACAAGCAUUCCUUAUGGCUGCUGAAAUGAUGGAGAAGAAAGACCUACUACUUAAGGAAUGGGUAGAGCAAGUACGAGAUCUAUCCUAUGACAUUGAAGAUUGCCUUGAUGAAUUUAUGGUGCACGUGGGGAGCCAAAGCCUGCUACAGCGGUUGAUGAAGCUCAAAGAUCGCCAUCGGAUUGCUGACCAGAUCCGAAGCUUGAAAUCAAGAGUUGAAGAAGUAAGCAACAGAAACACACGCUAUAGGUUAAUCAAGGAGGAUCUCCCCAGCACCUCUUGUGACAUGGAUUCCUUUGUGGAGGAUAUUCGCAAUCUAUCAGAGAGCGACUUGCCGGAGAACGUGACCGUUGAGCCUGAAGCCAAGGCCGAAGUAGAGGUUGAUGUUGAACCCGAGGAAAACCAACGCAAGCAGCUAUGCAUACUUACCCUACUUUUCUAAAUAAAUUUGUUACUAUGUAUAGCUAUGGGAUGCAUGUGGGUUAUCUAUCUUAUUUCAUUGUUAGAACCUAUGUUGUUGAUAUUAUGGCCUCUCUUGUUUUGUUAUCAUAUACCUUGUCGCUCGAGUAGUAUGGGUAAUAUUAAAUUAAUAUUGCUAAUUGCUUAUCCAUGCUUAAACAUCGAAUGAUCACUUUGGUAAGUGAAAUGGUUAUAGGUUAAUUAACACCGAUUCUAGUGUGGUUCUCUAAUGUUGUUGAAUAAAGAACAUGAUGGUUAAUUGGAUACAAGAUUUGAGCGGUGUGUAGGGUCACGAGAAUGGAGUCUCGGUGACAUAGACCGCUUGAGUCGAUUAAGGACCAUCCAUUGUUGACGUUGGUUUGAGCCCCUUUUUCGUGCUGCCACAUGUUCCCGAAUGGAAUGAAUAAGCGUAAUACCUUACUUGUCUCACUCUAUGAGGCACGGUCCUAGGUGUGUGGUCCUUAAACUAUGUAGAGGAGCCUAGGGGUGUCCCCGGUGGACCUAGGUCAUCCUCCACACAAGCUAGGCGUGUUUUACUCAUAGUUCGGGGCGGUUUAGAAAGGUUUGGCAUGAGUACCCCUUGUGCACCAUUUGAUCGGGUGUGCGAGCUGCAAGGUCCUCGAGUCGUGUGGGUAAAGAGUACA